GCAGAGGAACGAGCUGCAGUUAUGUCGUUGUUGACAGAGAUGCAGCGCAGCGAUUGGAGAGUCCGGGUGUGACGUCAUGACGUCAGGAGAGCAGCGUGUGUGGAACGGGACCCUGCAGCCUCCUCGCCCCUCUUCAGUCCGAAGAUAUAAGUUAUCAGGGAGGCAGCCGGAGGGCCAGUCAUCUCCUCACAUCUUUUCUACAUCUACCACAGUCCACUCGCUCCUUCCUGUAUGGUGGAUAUUAUUUUCAGCUCUUCUUUCUUGGGUGAUAUGGGGGAUCAUUCCAAAAAGAAGCCAGGAUUCGCGAUGUGUGUAGGAUGUGGAAGUCAGAUCCAUGACCAGUACAUACUGAGAGUCUCUCCCGACCUGGAGUGGCACGCAGCCUGCCUGAAGUGUGCGGAGUGCAGCCAGUACCUGGACGAGACCUGCACUUGUUUCGUCCGGGACGGCAAAACCUACUGCAAAAGAGAUUAUGUAAGGCUUUUUGGAAUAAAAUGCGCAAAAUGUAACCUGGGGUUCAGCAGCAGCGAUCUGGUGAUGAGAGCCCGGGAUAACGUGUACCACAUCGAGUGUUUUCGGUGCUCGGUGUGCAGCAGGCAGCUGCUGCCGGGAGACGAGUUCUCUUUGCGGGAAGACGAGCUGCUGUGCAGGGCGGACCACAGCCUGCUGCUGGAGAGGGGCUCCGCCGGGAGUCCCAUCAGCCCCGGACACAUCCACUCCAACAGACCGCUGCACCUAGCAGCAGACCCGGUGACGGUGCGACGAACCCCCGUCCACAAGCAGUCGGAGAAGACGACACGGGUCCGGACGGUGCUGAACGAGAAGCAGCUCCACACGUUGCGGACCUGCUACAACGCCAAUCCGAGGCCGGACGCGCUGAUGAAGGAGCAGCUGGUGGAGAUGACCGGCCUGAGCCCCAGGGUGAUCCGGGUCUGGUUCCAGAACAAGCGCUGCAAAGACAAAAAGAAGUCGAUCCUCAUGAAGCAGCUCCAGCAGCAGCAGCACAGUGAUAAGACUAAUCUGCAGGGCCUCACGGGGACGCCUCUGGUGGCCGGGAGUCCUAUCCGACAUGAGAGCACCGUGCAGGGCAACCCAGUGGAGGUGCAGACCUACCAGCCUCCGUGGAAGGCCCUGAGCGAGUUCGCCCUGCAGAGCGACCUGGACCAGCCAGCCUUCCAGCAACUGGUGUCUUUCUCUGAAUCGGGCUCUCUCGGGAACUCCUCAGGCAGCGACGUGACCUCUUUGUCUUCUCAGUUACCGGACACCCCCAACAGUAUGGUACCCAGCCCGGUGGAGACGUGAAACGGGGCCACUCAGAUCCGUCGUCUCUCUACUUCUGCAAGGACAGUUGCAGCAUGAUCCCGGUCCCCUGCAUGUGACCAGCUCAUCGCAUCGCCCAGACUACAGACAGGAAUUUUUUAAAAAUAAUUAAUAUUUUGAUUCCCUGCCUUGGAAGAGAUGGAACAAAGGAAACACCGACUGACUCCGAGUUUUCUCUUUUGGAGAUUUCACUGACAAAUCUAAGCAGAACAAUAGUUGCAUGACUUGAAACGGAGCCAGAUGUACAGAAGACCUCCCGAUGGAUAUACUACAACAAAGCUUCCGUCAGAAACACUAUUGAAAACAUUCAAAUGACAUUCUCCAAUUUCAUUGUCAUCAUAUUGUGUCUUGUUUCUUCAACAUGAGAAUUUUUUUUGGAUACAUUUAUUGCGUUGUCGAGUCCGGUUGACUCUUUGUCUUAAGGUCAGAGCAUGAUAAUCUGCAAAUUAUUCGUGUUGUAAAAUAUUUUAAGGGCAGGAUACAGGUUGUUUGAGCUUCUCGAACAAAAAGUAAAUUAUUGUUAUAUUAUUUAUUGUUAGGAAAGCGAUUCG